AUGCUUCGUACAGUUUUGCUGCACUCUUGCAAAUUUUGCAGCCUUCCCAGGAUUGUUAGAGUAAGUUCGGGAGGAUGGUUUAGGAAGGGGAUUACAAGUGGAUUUUCUGGGAAUACCAGGCUGAAGUAUACGAUGUCUGGUGUUAAGGGUGGCAAUCAGAAGAAAGGACGACAAUCUGUGGAAGAUGAUGAAGGGGAUUUUGAGACAACUGAAGAAUUUGAUGAGAAACUUAUUGAUAAGGAUGAAGAGUACAAUUUUAUAGCAAGCAGUGCACUUCACAUUACUAAGAACAUCCUCAAUGAACAGCAUAUCUUCCUGAUUCAACCGUACAUUAAAUGGGGUCCUCAGAAAUCGCCCUCAUCACCGGAUCUUUUGAUAGAGGAAUCAGUAGCUCUUGUGAGAUCUGUGCCCAAGUGGCAUGUGGAGCAAGUCAUGAAGGUGCCUUUGGAGAAUUUUAGCAAAAAGACUCUCUUCGGACGAGGAAAGAUUGAGGAGAUAAAAGAAGCAAUUAACAAACUGAGAGCUUCAGGGAAGCCAGUAAGUCGAAUUUUUAUCAGCAAAGGAGUUAUUCAUGGGGCUCAGAAGAGAUUUCUCGAGACAGCCUUUCACCUCCCCAUUCUCGAUCGGUACUCUAUGGUCAUUCAGAUUCUCAGACUUCAUGCUACAACAGCUGAAGCAAAGCUGCAGGUAGCAAUGGCAGAGAUCCCGUACAUUUGGGGACAGACUCGACCAAAAAAUGCUACUGUUGGGAAGCUGGAUGAUUUGGUUUUGACAGAUUCUCAGCGUAUUCUCCUGACCCAUCGGGAAAGGAAGCUAAAGAAAGCUCUGGAUAACAUUAGGGCUCAAAGGAGGUUGUUGAGGAGGAAGAGACUGAGCAGAAACUUCCCGGUUAUUGCGGUAGUCGGGUAUACUAAUGCUGGAAAGACUUCCUUGAUCAAGGCUCUGACGCGGGAAGUUACUCUCCAACCAAGGGAUCAGCUUUUUGCGACUCUAGACGUCACAGCUCAUGCCGGAAGAUUACCAUGCAAACUUGAAGUGAUCUUUAUGGAUACUGUGGGCUUUAUGUCGGACAUCCCAACAGAGCUCCUUGAGUGCUUCAUCUCUACACUGGAAGAUGUGAUGCUGGCUGAUGUUAUCCUUCAUGUUCAGGAUGUUUCUCAUGGGAAUUGCUUGGAGCAGAGGAAGCAUGUUGAGACAACUCUCAGGGAACUUGUGGAAAAAUUUGGAGAAAAUCAUGAGCUCAAUAACAUUAUAGAUGUUGGAAAUAAAAUGGAUAAAUUGCCAUCGGGAGAAGGGAAUAAUUCCAAAUUCCAAGAUUUGCACCUGAUCUCUUCGCAUACUUUGGAGGGUGUUAGAGAGCUCCUGGACGACAUUGAAAAAUUAGUUCUAAAACGUACUCAGCGAUCCCAUAUAACAAUCAAAGCCGCAAUGGGAGGAGAGGAAGCUUCAUGGCUCUACAAAAAUGCUACUGUCGUGGACGCCGAAGCGGAUCCUGAGGAUAGUCAAUAUUUGAGGCUUCACGUAGUGAUUGCAGAAGCUACAUUUGAGCAAUUCAAGCAUCGCUUCUUAAAGGGAAGUGGCAAGAAAAAAUAGUAACAAGUAAAUUAAAGUAGACAUAAUUUUA